GCGCGUAGCAUCGAGAACACGACGUGAACAUUCGAUUGUGGACCGACAAUUCACACCUCGGCAUCGGUAGUUCUACUUGCGAUACUGAAAAUGUCAUCCGAUCUUUCAGCUAAGGUCGACAAACUCAACAUCAACGCCGACUCCAGUUCUGAAACCAAACCUUCAGAGCUCGUCGCUGUCGUCGACGAUCUGCUCAACCAGUUGAGUUCCAAGUUCAACAACGUCAGCACCGAAAUGCUCGGCAAACUAGACGAUAUGUCGAAACGCCUCGAUGCACUGGAAGCCCAAAUUCGUGCUGGAAACGCUGCCUCUGAAAGUGGUGCUGGAGAUGAGAAGUAGUGCCGUGUUUCGUUUUUUGAACGAAAGCAAAACACGACAGGAUGUGUGCAAGUCACGCUACCCUGCUGCAACCGUCGCACAGAUGCUACUUUGGCAGGCCGAGGAAUAAGCAGAGACAUGAGAAUCUGCCGAUCAUUGAGCCCCGCUGAGAGAGCCGAUGAGAAAGGAACGACACAAGAUACUUUCCUGGCCUAGUCCGGUGUGUGAAGACGCAA